UGUGAGAACGCCACGCUAAGUAAGGUGUGCCCUAGUGGAGCUACUUGUAUCAAUUCAUACGGAAGUUACCGAUGUUUCCAAGAAAACGCCAUAGCCUCGGUCUCAGGUGCACAGUCCGGCAAUCCUGACCCUACAGAGACAAGCGUAUCCAGUACAUUACAACAAAAGGGGAUCGGCCUCCAGACAGAUGUGUUAACGAUCUGGAUUGCCAUCAUCACUGGCGCAGUUAUUCUUAACUUCUUGAGCAACUUCGCCAUUUGUCUCAAGCAGCGAAGGUCGGAAACGACCGGAAAAUCCGCGGAGUAUGCAUUUGAUGACAUCCCAGCCUCCAGUACAACCACGAUGGGCGGGUCGACGUCACGUAUGGUUGCUAACUACUGACGUCAUAAACAACAACAGGCAUGACGUCAUGGUGUUCCUAUGAUGUCAAAAUGCUGGUCUUCAAUAAUAGUGACUAAUGAAGGUCUUAUUAUACACUGAAACUUUGUGUUUCAGGUUUUCAUAUUGAACAUUAUACAAUUCAUUCCGUCCCGUGUAUACAAAUAUUCUCUUUAGCCUAAGAAUAUUUUACUAAUUUUAUUUUCGUUUUUUUAUUUUCCGGUCACAUUUCGAUCACUGUUCUAAUGUAUAAAGAGUGCAGUGAUUAAUGUAAUCAUGAAUUCUAAAUCUAUUUUUAAUGUUUGUGAUAAAUAUCGUAAAAAUUGACACGUGGAGGGCAAAGAUACAUAUACCAGCUGCAUAUCAAGAUGCAUCUGUAUCAGCAAUUAAUUUAUUCCAAAUAUUGCAGUUAGGAUAUUUCAUGUUGUACUUCAAUCAUUUUAACGUAUUUUAAUUUUUUACUCAAGGAAAGGAUACAUUUUCGAGAGAGAUUACCUUAUUGUAUUAAACUGUU